UGAGGGCUUUUAAUGACUAGUCAAACAUAACGUGAGUCAUCAGAAGUUUCCAGUUAACAAUCCCUUCUGCCGUACAUCCUGGGCCCAUUCCUUUAUGAGCCACUCUGCUGUUUAAACGGUAACAUCUCAGGUUUUACUGCCUCUUCCACAAAUGAAUACAUAAAAGGAAAGACGCUCCCCGCCGGCUUUGAAAUGUAGGGCAAACUCUGGUUGGGGUGGCGAGAAAAAGAACAAGGUACAGAGACUGAGGAACACAGAAGGCAGAAAGGGUGUUGAAAGUGGGGAAGAAAAAAUUUUUUUGCUGUUGAUGUCCUCACGGGCUGGUUGGAUCGUCGCCGCGUGCUGAAGGGCCCAGCCCACCGCCCUGCCCCAGCAAAGAAGGGCCUGCCCCUGCCCCCACCCUGCAACAGACGGGGCAGCCGGUCGGCCACCAGACCUCUGCCUCCUCGCGCUGCCUGCCGGGAGCUCCAGCCGCUUCCGGUGACGCUUGAUCGCUGAACUCCGACUCCCGUCGGCCCCUGAGAAAACCGCAGCAGGUUUGCGCGGGUGCUGUCGGGAUCUGUAGUUUAUCUGUCGGCCGAGCUGCGUAGACGGGAACGCAGGCUAACAUAGCCGGGAACUACCGAGGCGAAGGUACGGGUAGUAGCGAGGGGUCAAUUCACGCCAAGCGUGGGGUUGGCGGUGAGGCCGGCGGCGGUAGUUGGGGUUGGGUGGGAGGAGAUCCUUUCGCACACACGAGGAGGGUUGAGCUGCUGUCGCCGCGGUCGCGAGUGCCCAGUCUGGACUGUAGCUGCCGCCCAAGACGCCGAGGAGUGAGUCGUUGGCCUCCGGCUCCUCUGUCUUGUCCUCCUCGCUGGGUCAGCGCGGCCUGCUCCUCCCCGGUCGGCCGCCCCCGCCUCCAUUUCCCGCCCUCUCUUCACCACACACACGGCCCCCCCGAUCAUGGAUCCCGGCAGCGGCGGAGGCGGCGGAGGCGGCGGUGGCGGGAGCAGCAGCAGCAGCAGCGACUCUGCGCCCGACUGCUGGGACCAGACGGAUAUGGAGGCCCCCGGGCCGGGGCCUUGCGGCGCCGGCUCCAUGGCGGCGGUGGCUGAGACCCAGCGUGAGAACCUCAGUGCGGCCUUCAGCCGGCAACUCAACGUCAACGCCAAGCCCUUCGUCCCCAACGUCCACGCCGCAGAAUUCGUGCCGUCCUUCCUGCGGGGCCCGGCCCAGCCGCCGCCAUCCCUCGCCGGCGCGGCCGGCGGCGACCACGGAGCGAGCAGCAGCACGGGAGGCCCUUCGGCACCUGUGGAGUCGUCUCAAGAACAGUCAUCAUUGUGUGAAGGUUCAAAUUCAGCUGUUAGCAUGGACCUUUCAGAAACUGUUGUAGAAAAUGGAGAGACAGAAAUGUCCCCAGAAGAAUCAUGGGAGCACAAAGAAGAAAUAAUUGAAGCAGAGCCAGGGGGUGGUUCCUCCGGAGAUGGAAGGCCACCAGAGGAAAAUGCCCAAGAAAUGAUGGAGGAGGAAGAAGAAAUACCAAAACCUAAGUCGGUGGUGGCACCACCAGGUGCUCCUAAGAAAGAACAUGUAAAUGUAGUGUUCAUUGGGCAUGUUGAUGCAGGCAAGUCAACCAUUGGAGGACAAAUAAUGUAUUUGACUGGAAUGGUCGACAAAAGGACACUUGAGAAAUACGAACGGGAAGCUAAAGAAAAAAACAGAGAAACUUGGUACUUGUCUUGGGCCUUAGACACAAACCAGGAAGAACGAGACAAGGGGAAAACAGUAGAAGUAGGUCGUGCCUAUUUUGAAACUGAAAAGAAGCAUUUUACGAUUCUAGAUGCUCCUGGCCAUAAGAGUUUUGUCCCAAAUAUGAUUGGUGGUGCCUCUCAAGCUGACUUGGCUGUAUUGGUAAUCUCAGCCAGGAAAGGAGAGUUUGAAACUGGAUUUGAAAAAGGAGGACAGACAAGAGAACAUGCAAUGUUGGCAAAGACAGCAGGUGUCAAACACUUAAUUGUGCUUAUUAAUAAGAUGGAUGAUCCAACAGUAAACUGGAGCAACGAGAGAUAUGAAGAAUGUAAAGAAAAACUAGUACCGUUUUUGAAAAAAGUUGGCUUCAAUCCCAAAAAGGACAUUCAUUUUAUGCCCUGCUCAGGACUGACGGGAGCAAAUCUGAAAGAGCAAUCAGAUUUCUGUCCUUGGUACAUUGGCUUACCAUUUAUUCCAUAUCUGGAUAAUUUGCCAAACUUCAAUAGAUCAGUUGAUGGACCAAUCAGGCUGCCAAUUGUCGAUAAGUACAAGGAUAUGGGGACUGUGGUCCUGGGAAAGCUGGAAUCUGGAUCUAUCUGUAAAGGCCAGCAGCUCGUGAUGAUGCCCAACAAGCACAAUGUGGAAGUUCUUGGAAUACUUUCUGAUGAUGUAGAAACAGAUUCUGUAGCUCCAGGUGAAAACCUCAAAAUCAGACUGAAAGGGAUUGAAGAAGAGGAGAUUCUUCCAGGAUUCAUCCUUUGUGAUCUUAAUAAUCUCUGUCAUUCUGGACGUACAUUUGAUGCCCAGAUAGUGAUCAUAGAGCACAAAUCCAUCAUCUGCCCAGGGUACAAUGCGGUGCUGCAUAUUCAUACCUGUAUCGAGGAGGUCGAGAUAACAGCCUUAAUCUGCUUGGUAGAUAAAAAAUCAGGAGAAAAAAGUAAGACUCGACCUCGUUUUGUGAAACAAGAUCAAGUAUGCAUUGCGCGUUUGAGGACAGCAGGGACCAUCUGUCUGGAGACCUUUAAAGACUUCCCUCAGAUGGGACGCUUUACCUUACGAGAUGAGGGUAAGACCAUUGCAAUUGGAAAAGUUCUGAAACUGGUUCCAGAGAAAGACUAAGCAUUUUCCUGAUGACCCUGCACAAUACUGUGAGGAAUAUUGACUGCAAAGAACUAUUCACACCGCCUUCUCUUAUUUUCUGCCCAUUGACAAACCUCUCCCCAUAUUUUGCAAAGAAAAUUCACAGCAAAAGUCCACAUUAUGUCAGCUUUCUCAUAUUGAGAGCUCUGCUAUGCCACUGUUGAAUUUUCCCCAAGAUUUUGCCCCCUUUCAAACUUUGCUUCCUUGGACAGAUUUGGCAAUAGCUUUGUAAGUGAUGUGGACAUAAUUGCCUACAAUAAUGAAAACCUACAGGAAUUUUUAUUUUUCAUUUUCCCCUUAGGCAUAGUUAGUCCCCCCCACCCAGGCAGAUCAUUCUGAGUGUGCGAGUGUGUGUGCACAUGUUAAAAAGACAACUACCAUGUUAAUAAAAUAUUCAAUUUGAAACCCUU